UGUAUCUAAUCAUGCAAUCAACAUUACAAUCGAGAAAGAACAGGUCCCUCACUGCUCUAAUUUCUUUCUUAUCAUAUAUAUGCAUGAAAUGCGGACUGGCCUUCAUUCAGAACGCACAUUUGAUUGCACAUCAAGUAAUUCAUACUGAAGAGAAACCUUAUAAAUGUGGACACUGUGGGAAAUUGUUUACUUCCAAGUCACAACUCCAUUUUUCAUAAACGAAUUCACACGGGAGAAAAACCCUAUAUGUGCAAUAAAUGUGGGAAGGCAUUCACCAACCGGUCAAAUCUCAUUACACAUCAGAAAACUCAUAUAGGAGAGAAAUCUUAUAUAUGUUCCAAAUGUGGAAAGGCCUUCACCCAGAGGUCAGACUUGAUUACACAUCAGAGAAUCCAUACUGGGGAGAAGCCUUAUGAAUGCAAUACUUGUGGAAAAGCCUUCACUCAGAAGUCACACCUCAAUAUACACCAGAAAAUUCAUACUGGAGAGAGACAGUAUGAAUGCCACGAAUGUGGGAAAGCCUUCAACCAGAAGUCAGUACUCCUUGUUCAUCAGAAAAUUCAUACAGGAGAGAAACCCUAUGUAUGCACCAAGUGUGGAAGAGCUUUCAUCCGCAAGUCAAACUUUAUUACUCAUCAAAGAAUUCAUACCGGAGAGAAACCUUAUGAAUGCAGUGACUGUGGGAAAUCCUUUACCUCCAAGUCUCAGCUCCUGGUGCAUCAGCCAGUUCACACAGGAGAGAAACCCUAUGUGUGUGCCGAGUGUGGGAAGGCCUUUAGUGGCAGGUCAAAUCUCAGUAAGCACCAGAAAACUCAUACCGGAGAGAAGCCCUACAUUUGUUCUGAAUGUGGGAAGACCUUUCGACAGAAGUCAGAGUUGAUUACACAUCAUAGAAUUCAUACUGGAGAGAAACCGUAUGAGUGAAAGGGACUUUUUAGUCCCUUUUCCCACUUCCAGACCUUGGCAAUCACCAGUCUGUUUCUGUCUCUAUAGUUCAGCCUUUUUCAUAAUAUUGUAUAAGUGGAGUCAUUGUGUAUGUGUGUGUGUGUGUGUGUGUUUUGUAUGUGUAUGUAUAUCUCUUUUUGAGUCGGAGUGCUGUCAUUUAACGUGAUGUGUUUGAGAUUCAUCCAUAUGGUUAUAUGAAAAACAAAUGGAAAAUAAGGUGAUGAAAAGAUGCUCAACAUCUUUAAUUAUCAGGAAAAUCCAAAUUAAACCACAAUGAGAUACUACUAUAGAAUGGGCUUUUAGAAUGGCUAAAAGUGAAAAUGUACCAUACAUUGGCGAGAAUACAGACUGAUGGAAAUUUCCCUGCAUUGCUUGUAGGAAUAUAAAAUGGUCUGUCCACUCUGCACAAACGUUUGGCAACUUCUUAUACUAUUAACCAUACAUUGAUCAUAUGACUCAGCAACCCCACACUUAGGUCUUUACCUUAGAUGAAAUAAAAAUUCUGUUUACAUGAAAACCUAUACUCCAAUGUUCACAGCAAUUGUAUAAUUGCCAAAAUGAGGAAACAAUACAAAUGUACAUCAGUAGAUGAGUGAUUAAACACAUUGUGUGCACCGAUUCUAUGGAGGGCUGCUCAGAUAUAAAAAAAUGAUUUAUUGACACCUGCUACAACAUGGAUGAAUCUCAAAAGUACUGUUAUAUUUUACCAUGUGAUAACUUGAAUUACAUUUGAUAAAAGAUUUAUAAAUGUGAAUAACUAGAUUUAUAUAUUUUAAUUUUAUAUGUGCCUGUCAUCACAUACUAUAGGAAAUUGUGUCUACAGUAUGUUAUAUAGCAUAUUGUACUAUUUAUUACUGUAUAUUCAUUACUAUAAUAAAAUAGUUUGUAUUUUA